AUGAAUUUAUCAAGUUCUGUCGUAACAAAUGAAAGUUCUAAAAAUCAAAGAAUAUCCAAACCUUAUCAAUGCUCCUUAUGUCAAGUAAAACGAUUCAAAAAUAUAAAAGGGCUUUAUCAACAUGAAACCCUUAAACAUAAUGACUACAAAAUACCACUAUCCGAUAUUCCUUCUUUACCUUCAAAUGCUAUUCAAGAGUUUCGUGAAACAAUAAGAUUUUUUAUUAAAAAAAAAUUACCACUUAAUUUUAGUAAAACCGGAAAACAAAUAAUCAGAAUUCCAUGCAGUGAAAGUCAAUUUAUUAGUAUAUUUGGACCAUGGGUUCAACGUUAUUCACCUUGUAAAAGAAAGUACACAUGUUUUUUUAAAGGUCAAGACGCUGAUGCAACAAUGGCAACAAUAUUGCAAGAUACUGAAUGGAGUGGACGAUGA